AUGCCGAUUCCAAAACCGCAUGGAGGUCAACUUAACGACUUGAUUAUUCGUGACGUUGAAAAAAAGCCACAGUUGUUGAAAGAAGUUGAAAAAUUACCCCAUUUGACUUUAACCCCAAGACAAUUGUGUGAUUUAGAAUUGAUCUUGAAUGGUGGAUUUUCUCCCUUGACUGGAUUUCUCAACGAAGAUGAUUAUAAUAGCGUUGUUGAAGAUUUACGGUUAACUUCAGUCAAAAAUGAUCAAGGUAAAGGAUUGAUUUGGCCAAUUCCAAUUACUUUGGAUGUUUCUCAACAAACUGCUCAACAAUACAAAAUUGGUGAUAGAGUUGCAUUGUUGGAUUUAAGAGAUGAAACUCCAUUGGCUAUUUUGACGAUUGAAUCAAUUUACAUUCCUGAUAAACAAAAAGAAGCCAAAUUGGUAUUUAGAGGUGAUCCCGAACAUCCAGCCAACAAAUAUCUUUUCGAGACCGCCGGUGAUGUUUACAUUGGUGGCUCAUUAGAAGGUAUCAACUACCCAAAACACUACGAUUAUGUCGAUGCAAGAAAGACUCCAACUGAAUUGAGAAAUGAAUUCAAUUCCUUGGGAUGGACAAAUCAAAAUAUUGUCGCUUUCCAAACGAGAAACCCAAUGCACAGGGCCCAUCGUGAGUUGACCAUUAGAGCAGCUAAUGAUAUUGGAUCCAAUGCUCAUAUUUUAAUCCACCCAGUUGUUGGUUUGACCAAGCCAGGUGAUAUCGAUCAUCAUACCAGGGUUAAAGUUUACAAACAAAUUUUGCAAAAAUUCCCGGAAGGGUUGGCUUCAUUAUCGCUUUUGCCUUUAGCUAUGAGAAUGGGUGGUGAUAGAGAAGCCUUGUGGCACGCUUUAAUCAGAACCAAUUAUGGUGUUGACCAUUUCAUUGUUGGUAGAGAUCAUGCAGGUCCUGGUAAAAACUCGCAAGGGGUUGAUUUCUAUGGUCCAUAUGAUGCUCAAGAAUUGUUGCAAAAGUACCAAGAUGAAUUGGAUAUCAAGAUUGUUCCAUUUAGAAUGGUUACUUAUUUACCUGAUGAAGAUAGGUAUGCCCCUAUUGAUACUAUUGAUACCACAAAGGUUAAAACGGCAAACAUUUCGGGAACUGAAUUGAGAAACAAGUUGCGUACUGGAGAUGCCAUCCCUGAAUGGUUUUCGUACCCUGAAGUAGUGAAGAUCUUGCGUGAAACUAAUCCACCAAGAUUUAAACAAGGGUUUGUCAUUAUCAUUGAAACUGAAUCGAAAUUGGGCCAAUAUUUGAGUUUUGCUUUACAAUCAACCUUAAACCAGUUCAGCGGGGAAAGAAGAAUCACCAAAAUUGAUCAACAAGAACACAAUGUUGAACCUUUCAUCAUUAAUGAAUUGGUUAAAUCAGGAACUGGGGUGAUCUUGACUACUGAAAACACUCAUACUGAUAAAAUUGCCCAAUUAGCGGGUGAGGGAAACUCCAUCAUUGUUGGAUCAAAUAGUGAUGCAUCAAAGGGACAAUUCAAGUUGAAUGAGGAUCUCAAUGUUACAAUUGAUGAAAUUGUAUCCUUUUUGCAACAACAAGGGUUUUAUUAG